UUAAAAAGAGAUGAAAUGUUUGGGUGGUAUUUAUCAACAUUGUUUCCUCCCGCCUCCGCAGGAAAUGUUAAUUGUUGCUUCCAUAUUGAAAUUUUUUCUUUAUUGGCUUGGUGCUGUUUAAUCUUUUAAUAAAUCCAUAAAGGUUUGCUUAGUUAAACAAACACAAGAAGAAGGACAACCGAGAUUUUGAAUUUUUUCAGGUCAGUUUCUUGUUUAAUGUUCACAAAGUCACAGUCUGUUUGAGUCGAGUAUUAAUUCAGAUAGACGCUCAGCGAUUCUUUUGUAUGUCAGGACAGUAGAAUUUAUCUCGGCGGCUUAUCGAAGGUGCAGCUCGAGAAGAAAAUGAACUUCGACAAGGCUAAAUCUAAUAUUAAAUGUAAGCACACAAUAGUGGGGGGGGGGGGGAAUUGAGGACACAUUUUCGAACAAAAUCAAUUAUUAGAUAAAAGACUUUGUAACCUGAGCCGAGAGAAAAUACGUGGGAAAAUAAUUUCAUGGGGAACGUAUAAGAUUUUUAUGGCGAAUCCAAUAGAUGGUGCUUUUCAAAAGAAAAAGAGAGAAGGCGAUUCUAGCGAAAUAUGUGCGGUUGCGCGCUAUAUUCCGGUUUCUGGUUACGUAUCUUGUUUUUUUAUUGUUGUUAUUUAACUGGCCUUGUUUUCGUCUUUUAACUCUUGGAUUCCUAUCAGCAAACAUGAACUCGCAGUCUGAUGACCUUCUCGGAGGAGCUGUUGACGAUCACGUUCGCCCAUUCGAUAAAAUUAGGAGACUUGUUUAUCGCCAACUGAUUAAUUCGGUCCCUUUUGCGAUGAUCGCCACAAGAUCUAGGCGAAUUUUUCUGGCUAGUUCGAGAUUAUUCCAGUUGAUAUUUUGUUCAGUUAUUACAGAAAUCUGUCACUAUUUUACAGGAUAAUGGUAGGAAAAAGGCGCCACAUAAUUUUGUGGCGCAAGGAUUUUCACAUUGAAAUUUGACGAUGACGUUUACGAGCGUCAUGGAGUAAUUGGAACGCGGAGAAAUCCAAGAACCCUAAUUGGAUUUUCCAUUCGACUAGUCCCGGCCAUUUGAAGCUCAACUUUAUCGCACCCCUGCUGCCUUACUUUGCAUCCGUUCGGAAUUCAGCCAGCAGCAGCCAGCAGGGAAAGAGCCCGUGAGACAAAACAAGUCAACUUGAGAAUGGCAACCGUGGAACCGCGGCGGGGUCUAUUAUUGAUCCGGCCUCGGGAGAAACCGGCUCUGCUGUCUCGUUCACGUUACCAACCCCCCACGCUUUUCCUUUCUUGAAAGCCGGGACUGUCUGGUAGUAACUGGAAAUGUCUGGUUUAGCUUUCGUUGCAUCAGCCGGUUCGUGGCUUUCACGUGAGCGUGAAUACGGUUCUUUUUUUUGCAGGCAACCAGUAUCCCAUUGGAUUGCCCUAUAUAGUCAAGCAAAAAUAGCAGCUCGUUUCGCCUCACCUGAGCAAAUAGAAUUCAGCCAAUUCUAUAGAAAUGUCAAAUUUGCUGACGUAGUUUCACAUUUCUAUUGAAAUUUUUGUCGACAUAAUCUACUAAAUCAAAUUGCGGCAAUCUGAUAAUCUUGUUUCAUAAAACCUGUUUUUAAACAACCCAAUUUGUUUGGUGUUGUAGUUUUUGGGGUCGUGUUCUUUUUCGGAUGACAAAUGUUGUUGGUACGAUAAGAAAUUUCCCUUAUCAGUUAUGAAAUUAAUGAAUGAAUAUUGUGUACACGGAAUACUUUGGAUAUUUGUCUUAAAUUGUCGACAAGAAUUGAAUGGCUGAUCGUUCUGCCAGACACCGCGCACCGUGAUGAGUCCUAGCUGCUAUAAACUAGAGAACGGGACCGCGAUCAGUCUUCAUUCAACGUGCGACCGCCACCGGGAGCUGACGUAUUUCCUGGAUUGGUUUCAAAUCGUCAGUCUAAAGGUUCAUCUCUACUCAUCCGAUCAUGGUUCACAAGGAUCAUUACGAAACCGUGAACGGAGAUGAAGCAGCGCCGUGGGUCAAAGAGUCCACGAUAAAGAUGGUUGACAGCCAACGUAAUGCCCUCGAUCCUGUCAUCGUGUGUCAACGUGACGAGAAUAUUGAACGCGGCAACUGGUCCAACAAAUUGGAAUUCAUCCUCUCCUGUUUCUCGUACGCUGUGGGUUUGGGAACUAUAUGGCGGUUUCCUUAUCUAUGUUAUCGCAAUGGCGGUGGAGCCUUCCUCAUUCCGUACGCCAUUAUGUACGUCUUUGCUGGAUUACCUCUGUUCUUUUUUGAACUAUCGUUCGGGCAGUAUGCCAGCGAAGGUCCCGUAAGCAUUUGGAAAGUAGCUCCGAUCUUCCAAGGAAUCGGAUACGCAAUGUUUCUCAUAUCAUUCUUCAUCGGCAUCUACUACAACAUGGUGGUCGCAUGGUCGUUUCGAUACUUGUUUGCUUCCAUGGCGGCGGUCCUUCCAUGGACGUCAUGUGAUAAUGUUUGGAAUACUAAGAAUUGCCGCGAUUUUGAUUUCAAAAACUGCACAUUAUUGGAAGGAUUAGUCGAUUCUGAUAGAAACUGUCACAUCAAGUCAGAGACCAAUGCCUCUUUUUGGAAUGAACUGGAAUUGAUGAAAAACGCCAGCAGGCUUCCUGCAGAUGAAUAUUUCCACCACCGAGUUUUGCACAUCAGCACUGGUAUCCACGAUUUAGGACCCAUUAACUGGGAAUUAGCACUGUGUCUGCUCCUCGCCUGGGCCUGCGUCUUCAUGGUACUUCUUCGAGGAAUCAAGACUUUUGGAAAAGCAGUAUAUUUUACUGCUCUAUUCCCCUACUUGAUCCUGACCAUUCUGUUGAUUCGAUCAGCCACACUACCAGGAUUCAUGGACGGCAUCAUGUUUUACCUGACUCCGCAAUGGGAUAAAUUAACGGAAGCCAGCGUGUGGGGAGACGCAGCCAUGCAAAUCUUCUUCUCUCUAUCGCCCUGCUGGGGAGGAUUGAUCACACUGGCAAGUUACAAUCGAUUCCACAACAACUGUUUCAGGGAUGCCGUAAUUGUAGCAACUGGAAACGUCUUGACAGCUUUCUUUGCCGGAUUUGUCAUCUUCGGUAUCAUUGGAUUCAUGGCUUUUGAACUGGGAACUACCGUCGAUAAAGUUGCCACUCAAGGAGCUGGACUUGCAUUUGCCGUCUAUCCGGAAGCAGUAGCUCGACUGCCGAUCGCUCCUUUGUGGUCGAUCCUCUUUUUCGUCAUGUUGCUGACGCUCGGUCUCGGAACUCAGUUCACCGUUUUGGAAACUGUGGUUACAACAAUUGUUGACCUGUGGCCGCAUAAACUUCGCGGAAGGAAUCACAAGUGGGUGCUGCUGGCCUGUGCUACCAUCAUGUUUCUUCUUGGACUCGUUAUGUGCACUGACGGUGGCAUGUACGUCUUACAAUUGAUUGAUACUUAUGCCGCUACUUUCUCCGCGUUGAUCAUCGGAAUGACGGAAGUUUGCGUGAUCGCUUGGCACUAUGGCGUUGAUCGAUUUCUCGAUGACAUCAGAAACAUGCUCGGUCAUGACGCACCUCCACGCUGGUACUGGCGAUUUGUAUGGAAAUUUUUCACGCCAAUCAUCAUCGUCGCUAUCUUGAUUUUCACUCUGGUCGACUUCAAAACGCUGACGUACGGCGAUUAUACGUAUCCCAUGGAAGCCACUAUCCUAGGAUUUUUCAUUGCUUUAUCGUCUGUGUCUAUGGUUCCUAUCGUGGCGACCUACAAGAUUCUCCAACUCGACGGUCCAAUUGGCGAGCGCGUUCGGAUUCUGUUGCAACCGACUAGCGAUUGGGGUCCUGCAUUGCAAGUUCAUCGCAUUGAGUGCGGUGCACCGACCCACACCGACUCUCAAGUGCCGUUGACUUUACCCAAUUGUAAAUUUGACGACCUUGAGCUGGAGUUGGGUACGGUUCUGGAACACGACUCUGAAAAUGAUAACUGGAUUAAUAUGAAACCCACCAGACCGAACUGAAUCCUUCACCCCCAAGUAUCGACAGCAUCCAAACCACUGCACUCGAUCAUAGAGUCUUAACUUUAUAGUAACAGAUUUCUCACGUUCAAUUCACCCGGUGGAAAGGAUCGUAUCCUACAAGUCACAUAAUCUCAAUUAUCUGUAUAGCUUGUUCCAUAAUCCAAUGUGUUAAUUGUAAUUCAUUUGUGUCCUCUGCUGUUUCGACGCAGACUGGCCAUCCGACAUGUUGCAAAGCAUUCUGAAGAUAAUGUAUCUAAUAAGGUGAUAUCCUAGACAUAUUACGACAAACGUAAAUUUUUUGGCUAUUUUGCAUAAUGUUUAUAAGGAAUGUUCGUUGACGCAAUCUUGAAUCAAGAUAUCGUGUGACGAAACAUUUAAAAAAAUCGUUUUUGGCGGUUUCCAUUGCUAUCAUCAAACGAUGAACAUUCAAAACUCCUUUCAUAAAUAUCGCUGUUUAUUAUAGAACGUGAAUUCACUUGAAUAUCCAGAGCAUUAAUUGUUAUCAUGGGAUUUCAAAGUAUACAAUACAUAUGUUUAACAAGA